ACGACUUGAGUUGACGUCUUGAAAAGAACCAGGCGGAGGGGUUGUUUUAAAACUGUUUGGAAGUGAAAACAAAGUGAAUUGUAAUAUUUAUAAAUAUCCUAAUAAUAAUAUUCAAUUAUACCAGUCACGAUCGUGACAGGAAUGGAUAAUAUAUUUCAUUUGUAAACAGUUCCAACGCUAGUGAAAUGUGUAUUAGUAUAAAAAAAUAAAGGACGUAAUUUUAAUUUCCUAUAAAUAAAGUUUUUAAUUUUCUUAAUAUAAAAUGGAUUCGGAAUUCGUGCAUAUAUCUACCAGCCUUCGAUUACAGCUCGGUUAUGGGAUUGGCCAUGUAUUAAAUGAUGUCUGUGCAAGUUUAUGGUUUACCUAUUUCUUAGUUUAUUUUCAUUUAGUGCUUGAGUUUACUGCGUCCCAGUCCGGCACUCUAAUGUUAAUUGGUCAGGUUAUGGAUGCUGUAUCAACACCAUUUGUUGGUUACCAUUCAGACCAUACAGAUAAUCACAUAAGUUUAAAAUAUGGACGACGGAAACUAUGGCAUUUGUUUGGUACCUUCUGUGUUUUAGCAUCCUUUCCGUUCAUAUUCUCAGAAUGUAUUGGUUGUACAUCCACACACAAAUGGGCACAAAUGUAUUAUUAUGCGUCAUUUAUUAUCAUAUUCCAAAUUGGAUGGGCUGCUGUGCAGAUUUCCCAUUUAAGUUUAAUCCCGGAGUUAUCGGAAGAUGACCAUACCAGGACACAUCUGACUGCAAUCAGAUAUGGCUUCACAGUAUUCUCGAAUCUAUUUGUUUAUAUCAUCACAUGGAUUAUAUUACAUUUGACUGGCGAAUGUGACAGACAUCAAGUGGGGCCAACUGAUGCUUGGAAGUUUAGGCAUAUUGUCUACAUAGUAUUAGGACUAGGAACAUUAGCAUCAAUAAUAUUUCACAUAUCCGUAACGGAGAAAAAUAACUAUUUACGUCGUGAUCAACUUUUGGAAGGCGAAAGUGGUGCGCAUUAUGAUUUUCUACGCAAACCACACAUGUAUCAGGUGGCAGGAGUGUACAUGUGUACAAGGUUGGUUGUGAACAUAUCGCAGGUGCUCAUCCCCUUGUACCUCCAUAGAACUCUAGGACUGGCUGCACGAGCCCUAGCUGUAGUUCCUCUCGCCUUGUACCUCGGCAGUCUGGCCGCUGCUGGAGUCCAGAGGUUGGCACCAAGGUCCUUCACGAGGAAACUUAAUUAUUUGACCGGUUCCGCAUGUGCUAUUGCUGGUUUUGUGUGGAUUUAUCUCGGAUCAGAUGAUGAUUAUAAAGUGUAUUUCAUUUAUGUGGUUGCCGUGUUAAUAGGUUUUGGUGGUGCAGUGAUGUUGGUGACAAGUCUAGCUCUGACGGCUGACCUGGUCGGCGCGAGGACGGAAGCCUCUGCCUUUGUAUACGGCCUCAUGAGUUUCACCGAUAAGCUCGCGUGCGGCGUCGCCAUUGCGAUUAUACAAGCCUAUGCCGAUGGAGCUGACCCUGCGUACUAUGCGAAUGCGCUGGUGUGGGUGUGUGGCAUAGCAGCGAUUGCGGGCCUCAUACUCACACUACUCUUACCUAAAUUCCGAUCUGAUGCCUUACUAGUUAGUGGAGAAUCCUCAAUAAAUAAUUCUGACGUAAUCACUGAAGAACAAGAACCCGCGCUGGUAGAAAGGAUAUGAAGAACUAUUUAGAUACAAUUAGACUAAUUAUAAUAGAGCAUUGAUCAUGAACAUGUCAGCAGCUUCGUAAUAAGUUCUAUUUUAUCUGUUGUAAAUAGUCAAGUUAUUUUGGUAUGCAGGUAAGAAAUCAAAAUUGAUUCACGAUUAAAUUGUACAUUGAACAGGAUAUUGCCGUAAUGUGCACCUCUGCCUACCCUUUCGGGGAUAUAAGGUGUGACGUUGCAUAUGGAAUUAGUCAAUGGUUAUAAAAGAUUUGAUUUAGUUAAAAAGCACAACAAUUUAGUAUAACAAAUGACAAUAUUUAUUUUUCUAUCUGCAUAUCAAAUUAACUGAUUGUACAUGAGAAUAUUAUAGGUAUUGACCGACUUCAGUUGACAGUUACAAAAGAAGUGGCUUAUCUUCUUUAAUGGUUUCUUCGAUAUUGUUACGGGUGUGAUAUUAUAUUAGUAUUCCAUUUUCAACCAUUCCACAGUAGAAGUACCAACAAUACUUAGGUAAAGAGAUCUCAAGUAACUGCUGUGUGUGGGGUAAAGGGAAUUGUAGCUCAAAUUAAUAUUUAUACGACAUUCCAGUUACUUACUUAGGCACUAUUGUAAAAAUGGACGUUUUAAUGAAUUUAAUAUAUUAUGUGUAAAACUGUUUUAGAUAUUGACUGUUGUUGUUAAACUAAUGUAGGUGCUACAGUGUAUAGAUAUAAAAAAUGUAUUUAUGCAAUAAAAGAGUUUUAUAUUUGUCUAUUUGUGAACGUUUUAGUAGGUAAGGCUUUUAAUAUGACGACGUAUAAUGACUAUUUAUUACACAAGGUACCUAACUUAAUAAAUUAUGAAUUAAAUUAUUGUAUUGUAUUCCUAAAUAAUUCCAAAUAAUAUUUGCCUAUUUCAUGAUAUUUUCAAAUAAUAAAUUCCAAUUUUGCAUA